UGUAAUAUCCCAAUUAAAUAUUACAUUUUGUUUUGAAAAUAUGCAACCCCUUCUCUACGCUACGCCCAUGCUCAACACAUGUUUGUAUUUAUUCAUUAUUUUGUUGUAAACAAUCUUGAACGUAUUUCUUGUUUGCACGGAGUUCAUUGUGUUUAAUGGAGUCGGAACGAAUAGAAGGCUCAUCUCCGGAAGAUGAGGAUGUGUUCCACUUUGAGACUGAGCACCUGGCCCUUCGUGGCAACCAGUGCUAUGCCAACUUGUUGCGCACCAUGGCCGUGCUGCAGGCCCAAAGGAUUCGGGUCCAUCAGCAGAUCGAUGAGCUGGAAGCCACCAGAAAGGAAUACUUGGAUAAUCCGCAACUGAUGCUGGACAAACUGCGGAACAGCGAUCCUCUGAUAUCGGACCAUUGCAUCAGCACGGUUGUUCUACCGGAGUUGCCAACUUUGAUCGGCGAUGGCGAAGGAAGUGUCCCCAAUGAGGCACCGGCGGAAGCGACUUCAUGGACACAUCAGCCCGAAGAGAUUAAGGACAGGAGCCAAGGCCGGUCGGAGAAUUUCAAUCGCCUGUGGACCAAUGAGGAACAGCGCCGCUUGGAGCAGCUGCUUAUCCAAUAUCCGCCAGAGGAGGUGGAAAUGCGACGUUUCGGCAAGAUAGCCAAGGCCUUGGGCAACCGAACGGCCCAGCAGGUGUUCAGCCGCGUCCAAAAGUACUUUCAGAAGCUGCACGAUGCCGGAAUGCCCGUGCCCGGUCGAAUUCCCAAGCAUCGUCGUGCGGGCCUGAGCAAGCCGAAGGUCCACUUACGCAAGUCAACAUUCUUUCCGGCACAGAAUAUUUCGCUGCACAUGCCGGAGGAUGACUGCACAUUGGACGACCUGCGAGUCCUAUCGCCCGCCAACGAGAUGCUCCUUAUGCCGGCCCCCUCACUACCCAAGAUGGAGCCGAGGACCGAUACAGAUUACAUUGAUGCUGAUCUGGCUGCGGAGGUCAAGCGCAAGCAGGAUCUACGCCUAAAGCUUCUAACUUCUAUUCAAGACGAGAAGCAGCAGAUCGAGAAUGGCUAUGAGCCCGAUUUGCUGGCAGCCAAAUGUGCCGAAUGCGAAGAGGCUUCUGUGACCAGGACGCAGUGGCGUUGCAACAGCUGUUAUUGUCACUUAAAUCUCUGCGGAGAUUGUCUCGCCAGCCAGUUGAUCGAAGGUCGCUUCGAACAUCUGGGCCAUGAAGUCGUAGAGGACCUAGAUUCAUGAUUCUUUUUAAUGGAAACGUGGUUUAAAUCUAACAAAUGUACUCAGGAACUUAUCCAGGUUUUUGGAUAUUGUACAACACAAUAAAAUAAGUUUGCUAUAAUACUAGGAUUUAUAUAGCUCACUCAAGCCAAUAACUUUUAAGUAAGCCAUAAUUUAAGAAAAAGUGCGCCUUGUAAAAAUCUGUUUUUGGGCGAGUAAUACGCAGAUAUCCUAAAAACUAGACUAGGAAAUUGCACCUGAUGUUGAGAAAGGAAUAAUGUUUUUGAUGAUUUAUUUCUUUGUUGACAGCUUAAAAUAAUACAAAUAAAAAACCUAAUUUC